AUGCCUCUUCUCAUCGACAGCGCAGAGCUUGCCGGGCUCGCCGCCGAAGGAGUCUUUGUCUGCUUGUUCUGUGUGUGCGGGUACGACCUCGUCCGCCGGCGCGCUCGUUACAAGUCGCAGCUCAGCUGGCCGAUGGUAGUAGCCGGCGUGCUGCUCAUCGUGCUCGCGACGGCACGCUUCGCCGUCGACACCGCGAACGUGUUCGUCGCGUUCAUCCACCACGACCCGCGCCCGGCGCGGCUUGGAUACCUCGAGGACGUCACCGCGCCCCUCUUCAGGACCAAGCACACCAUCCUGAUCGCCGUGUUGCUCGUUGGAGACUCUUUCGUGAACUACAGAUGCUGGGUCGUGUGGGGAAAGAGCCUCUGGGUCGUGAUUUUACCUGUUACUCUCUCCCUCUCGAGCGCAGCCAUCGGCGCGUACGCGAUGUGGGCCUACAACACACUCCCCGACCAGACCGUGCUCGCAGAGGCGAGGCUGCUCAAAGCCUUCUUCUCGCUGAGCCUCAUCGCGAACGCUCUCGCUACCUCGCUCUUGGCAUUCCGCAUCUGGUGGGUGGACCGCGAGAUGAACAACGUGCUCAGCGGCUCGCAGACGGCGGAGCUCGAGGGCCCCUUUGGGGGGCAGCAGUCCGCGCUCACGCCCGUCGUGCGCAUCGUCCUCGAGAGCGGGCUCAUCAACGCCGCCUACCUGUUCGCGUACGUGAUGACGCUCGCGUUCGGCUCGCAGAGCCUCGAGCUCAUGUCUGAGAUGGCCGUUCCGCUCACCGGGAUCAUCUUCUCGAUCGUCAUCCUCCGCGUAGGCCAGCGGCGUCACGACGACAGCUACUACACUACGAACCGGCACGGGACGACGAUGCGCUUCGCUGCGCAGCAGAGGAGCACGGUCGGCACGGACACCGGUACGGACACGACCGCGAUGGGGUCGGGGGCGGGGGGGUCGACGGCGGUUGUGGAUAUGUUCGGGAAAGGACAUCGACAGGAGAAAGGAGACGCGUUCGUUCUGCCAAUCCCUUCCGGAUGUCCGGACGGAACGUCGUGA